AUGGACCUGCUGCUGCUGCUCCAGGGGCUGCUGCUCCUGCCCUUGGCAGCGCUGCUGCUCUACAGGUGCAGCCCCCCCUUCCAGUUCCUCUGCAAGGUGGCUUUCUUCAACUGCUGGAUCGUGGCCUUGGCCACCCUGCUGUCCCCCCUGGCCGCCUUCCGGGGACGCUCCGUGGAGAACAUGAGGCUCCUGCGGGCGGCGCUCCUACCCCUCAAGCGCUUCUACGGCAUCAGGAUGCGGGUGAGGGGCUCGGAGCGGCUGCGGCUGCCGGGGCCCUUCGUGAUCGUCUGCAACCACCAGGCUUCCCUCGACCUCAUGGGAAUGGUGGAGGUCAUUCCUGAGCGCUGCGUGCCCAUCGCCAAGCGGGAGCUGCUGUACCUGGGCACGGUGGGCUGGGCCUGCUGGCUCAGUGGCAUCAUCUUCAUUGAGCGCCAGCGCAGGGACGCGGCCAUCAAGGUCAUCUCCCGCACCGCCAGCGCCAUGAGGAGAGACAACCUCCGUGUGUGGGUUUUCCCAGAAGGCACCAGGAACCCGGGCAAGUCCAUGCUGCCUUUCAAGCGAGGUGCUUUCCACCUGGCCGUGCAGGCCCAGGUUCCCAUUGUCCCCAUCGUGAUCUCCCCAUACAGGAGCUUCUUCAGCCCCAAGGAGAAGAGGUUCACCUCUGGGACCUGCACCAUCCAAGUCCUCCCCAGGGUGGAAACGUGUGGCCUGAGCCCAAAGGAUGUCCCCAUGCUGACCGAGAGUGUCCGCCAGGCCAUGGUCGAGGCCCUGGCCGAGAUGUCCAUGAGGGACCACGGGGACCAGGACAUGGAGCAGCCUCUGCUGGGGCCGGGGGAGGACAGGGACAGCCCCCAGGGCCAGGGGGACACAGCCAGGAGCAGCAAAUAGGCAGAGGGAGCGAGUCCCUCGGAGACACCAGGGAAGUGUCCCUUGUCCCCUGAGGAGGUGUGCUGCAGCCCUGCCACCACCCCAGCAGGACGGUGCCCUAAGGGGAGCAGAGCAGGGCAGGAUGGGGACCAGGCAGCACCUCUGAAAAUCAGCAAGAUGCCCCCCAAAACGGAGCAAGGUGCCCCCUAAAACCCCUCGUUGUGACUGCAUCCCCUGGAUGUCCCUCUGCCAGACCUGGAGCUGUGACUGUCCCCCCGGAUGGCCCCUGCCUGCCUGCUGGGCAGGGCAGGGAUGGUCCAGGCAGGGCUGAGGACUCACAGCCCGAUUUUCCACCCCUGAUUGUUGGGCUCCCCCAUGGAUUCUCCUUCAGGAGGCUUCUACAAGCUGGAAAUGCUGUUUGGGUGCAGCCAGCUCUGAGCGUGUGGCCUGGGAGGGAACAUGAGAUCCAGGGGAGAUUGCUGGGGGGAGGAGUACCCCGAGAGGGAGAGCAUCCUUGGUGCUGAGCUGUGAGCCAAGGGUGGGACAUUAAAGAGUCUGGAGCUGG